GUUUCAACAAUGGCUUUCAAAUUCGUACUUGUCGCUGCAUUCGUAGCUGUUGCUAACGCUGGUUUGUUGCCAGCCUAUACCGCAUACUCCACCCCUGUGGUCAAGGCCGUAACCUUAGCCAAGACCGUUGUUCCAGAGCCAUAUGACCCUCAUCCACAAUAUUCCUAUGGAUACGACGUUCAAGACCAUUUGACCGGUGACAGCAAAUCCCAACACGAAAGCAGGGAUGGCGAUGUAGUGAAAGGACAAUACUCCGUUGUUGACCCCGAUGGCACACUCAGAACAGUCGACUACACUGCCGAUCCAGUCAAUGGUUUCAACGCUGUCGUCAGCAAGCAACCACUUCAAGCUAAAGUUGCCGUUGCCAAAGUUGCCGCCCCAGUCGCCCACGUUGCUUAUGCUGCUCCAGUGGCACAUGUUGCCGCAUCCCCAGUCGCUUACGCAACUCCAGUAGCACAUGUUGCAGCUGCUCCAGUUGCUUACGCCGCUCCAGCCCACGUUGCCUACACCAGUUCACUCUACCACUAA